AUGCACUUCAUCGCACUCUUCUGCCUACUGCUCUCCGUCUCCAGAGCGAUCCUGGUCCCCGGCCCAACAGGUCCCUACGCCGUCGCCGUGAAAGAGCAGCCCCUGACGGACGCCAGCCGGGCCGAUCCCCUCGACCCAACGGGCAAAUCCAAGACUCGCCGCCUCCUGAUCUCGUUGUAUCUUCCCAUCGAUGAAUCCCGACGCUCGUGCCCUACGGUGACGGUGCCCUACAUGACUCCCCCCGUGGCAGCCUCGUAUGGGCAACAGGCGGCUCAGGUCGGCCUGCCGGACACCCUGUACUAUCCGUUCGAGAUGGAGUUUUGCAAUCUCGAGAAGUUUUCUCCAUGCGGUCGGGCGUCGAUCAAGAAUAACGAGUAUCCUCUUAUCUUGUUCGAUCCUGGAUUUGGAGAAUCGAGGCUUGUAUACGGUGCUAUGGCUCGGUCUUUGGCGAGCCAUGGCUAUGUUGUUGUUACCGUGGACCACCCGUUUGAUGCGCCUGCUGUGCAAUUCCCCGAUGGGUCCGUUAUCCAGGGGGUUGAUCUUGAUGACUCUGACAUCGAGGUCCUCCAAAAGGUCCUGAAGGUCCGCACCGACGACAUCACCUUCAUCAUCAACCAACUCAACAACCCCAAAAUCACAAAGCCCCUGCUCGCCGACUUCCCUGGCACCGUCAACACCACGCGCCUCGCCAUCUGGGGCCACUCCUUUGGCGGCUGCGCCGCCGCGUCCGUCGUCCACGCCGACAAGCGCGUCCUCGGCGGCCUCGACCUCGACGGCAUGCUCAUCGAGCCCAUCCUCAGCACAGACUACGUCAUCGCCAAGCCCUUUAUCCUCGCCGGCCGCAAGGGCCACAGCAGCGAGGAUCCGUCCUGGAACCAGUUCUGGCCUCCUCGUCGUCCCUUAAGGGGCGCGGGCGCGGGCGCGGGCCGCGGGGCGGCGCCGCGCAUGGAGAUUGCCGUUGCGGACACGCUGCACGGGGCGUUCAAGGAUGAUUUGAUGCUGCUGAGUGCGCUUGACUUGCCGGCGGAGGCCAAGGAGGCUGUUCGGGCGCUGCUGGGGAGCAUUGAUCCGCGGCAGUUGGAUGGGGACUUGAAUGGUAUCCUGACGGCGUUUUUUGAGUUUCUGUUUCACGGGGAGAAGCACUCUUUGAGGGCACUUUCGCAUGACUUUAAGAAUGUUACCGUCGUGCGAAGCAGCUUCUAA